UUCCAAAAGAGAUUGAUAAUAUGGCUUUUUCAUUUGGAAACGCUGGAGGGGGAGGCACUGGGCUCAAUUUUGGUGCUCCAUCAGCCAAAAGUACAGGCUUCAGUUUCGGAGGUGGACCUCCGACUACAACAGCAGCCUCCAGCACUGGGUUUGGAUUUGGGGCCACUUCAGCUGCGCCUAGUACGGGGUUCGGGUUUGGAGUAGGGGCUUCUACAGCCGCCCCCAGCACAGGAUUUAGUCUAGGAGUUGGAGCCACAACAGCUUCUCCAGCCACAGGGUUUGGUCUAGGAGGCGGGGCUCCAGCUACUACUGCAGGAACUGGAUUCUCCUUUGGCGGAGGUUCUUCUGGUUUAUCUAUUACUCCACUAGGAGCUGCUGCUUCCCAGCCCGGAGCAUCAACAGCUGCUAGUGGAUUCUCCUUUGGAGCCCCCGCAGCUGCUGCUACUACACCUGCUGCUCCUGCUGCUUCUACUGGGUUUUCACUUGGAGGAACUUCAGCUCCUACUACAGGAUUUUCAUCAGGAGGAACUUCCGCUGCUUCUACAGGAUUUUCUUUAGGAGGAACUACUGCGGCUUCUACAGGGCUUACUCUUGGUGGCGCUAACCCUGCAGCUACAGGGUUCUCCUUCGGGGGUAAACCAGCUGCUUCUACCUCAGGAUUCUCUCUAGGAGGUACCCCUGCUGCUGUUAGUACAGGGUUUUCUCUAGGAGGUACCCCUGCAGCUGCUAGUACAGGGUUUUCUCUAGGAGGAACUGCUACUUCAACUGCUGCUCCCGCUGCGGGUUUAGGAGGAUUUGGAAAGCCAACUUCGGCCGCAGCUAGCGCACCUUCACUUGGCUUGUCUGCAUCAACCGCCAUCGGUGGAAAACCUACAGCUUCUGUUUCAGGAUUCUCAUUGGGAGGAACUGGUUCAACUCCGGCACCAGCCUUCUCUCUACCAACAUCUUCUGCACCUGGAGCAACUGGAUUCUCACUGGGUGGAACCACAACUACUGCUACAGUAAGUUCUGCCCCAGCCACCAGUUUCUCCCUUGGAGGUACUACAGAGAAGACGACAUCCACCGGUUUUGGGGGCUUUGGAGCUGCCACUUCCACAGCAGCAGCCAGUAUAACAGCUCCAGGUCUAACCAUCUCAGCAGCAUCUACACAAGCCAGUCUUACCUCCACUACAAGUACAGUUGCCAGCAGUAGUGCUGCAGCUCCGUCUAGUAUGUCCUUCAGACAGUUGGAGGAGAACAUCAACAAGUGGACCCUGGAGCUUGAGGACAUGGAGAAGCAGUUUUUAAACCAGGCAACCCAGGUCAAUGCAUGGGAUCAGCUGCUGGUGAAGAACGGAGAGAAAAUAUUGAAUUUGAAUGAUGCUGUGUCCAGGGUGCGUCAGGAUCAGCAGAGGUUGGAACAUGAACUGGAUUUUGUUUCCGGACAGCAGGCUGAGCUUGAGGAAGCCCUGCGUCCCCUGGAGCUAGCAAUGGCAGGAACUAAUAAUGUGGAUACAGAGAGGGAGAGAACGUAUCAGUUGGCUGAAAACCUUGAUGCCCAACUGAAGCGGAUGUCUGAAGAUCUAAAGGAAGUGAUUUCCCAUCUUAAUAUGGGAAACAGAGGAGCUGAUACCUCAGAUCCUGUAGCACAAAUAGCAAAGAUCUUGAAUGCCCACAUGGACAGCCUGCAGUGGAUCGAUCAGAACGCCUCAGCAAUUGAGAAGCAGUUGAUCACAGUUAAUAGAUUAACAGAGUUACAAACAAGGGACAGUGAUCGGCUGCAGCGAUCUUUUGUUGAAUAGAUUAGAUAGCCAGAUAGAACGGGGGAAAUCAAUAAUCAUGACCGAUUUAUUGAUAUUUAUAUUGAAGAAAUGAUGAAAAAUCUUCGAAAAAAACUUUUUAUCUUCAUGAUCUCGGUCUGUUGCCCCUGAUCGAGAGGUUCGAUCAAAUAUUGUGAUUUUUGCCAUUAAAAAAAAACUGUGACUCAUAAUUUUUUUUUAUAAACUCAAUAAAUAUCAUUAU